AUGUUAUCCAUAUUACGCAAGGCGAGACUCAAGGACAAGGAGAUGAGAAUUUUGAUGCUCGGACUGGAUAAUGCUGGCAAGACUACGAUAGUCAAAAGAAUCAUGGGGGAAGAUGUCAACACUCACGCUGACCAUUUAAAGUUACAAGCUGAACAUUUGUAUUACCUCUUUAACUUUCCGCUAUUUCUAGUGAAAUAUAUACUGAACCUUACAAUUGUAGGGGAUGUUGGGGGUCAAAAGACUCUCCGAUCAUACUGGAGAAACUAUUUUGAGAAGACUGAUGCUUUGAUAUGGGUGGUUGAUGCCACUGACCGUCUACGUAUUGAAGAUUGCAAGGAAGAGUUGCAUGCUUUACUGCAGGAAGAGAGACUUUCUGGGGCGAGUCUUCUUGUGUUUGCCAACAAGACAGAUGUUAAUGGCUGCAUGACCAAGACCGAAAUAAAAGAUAUGUUGGUGCUAGAUGAAAUUCGGACGCACAAAUGGCACAUCAUUAAUUGCAGCGCGAUCACAGGCGAUAAUUUGGACGAAGGACUGACUUGGGUUGUCGAAGACUCCAAGGAACGAUUAUUUCUAUAUUGA